UAGCGUUGUUUUGGUCUUGACCUAUCAUACUUACAAGCGCAUUUCUCUUAAACAAGAAAAUGGAAACCACUAAUCAGAUUGUGUCACUUGGGACAUUCCAAGUGCUUAAAUUACCUUUGGGAUUUAUCCGCGUUCUGGAAUGGCUUUUUGCCAUCUUUGCAUUUGCAACAUGUGGAGGCUACUCUGGGCAACUGCAGGUUAGUGUGGACUGCAUCAACAAGUCUGACAGCAACCUCAGUAUUGGCAUCAACUUUGCUUACCCAUUCAGGUUGAACCGGGUGGAAUUUGACGUGCCGAUGUGUGAGGGAAGGAGACAAGAGCGGCUUUACCUGAUCGGAGACUUUUCCUCCUCCGCCGAGUUCUUCGUCACCAUUGCUGUCUUUUCCUUCCUGUACUCCUUGUUGGCCACUGUGGUCUACAUCUUUUUCCAGAACAAGUACCGCGAAAACAACCGUGGCCCUCUCAUUGACUUCAUAGUGACGGUGGUGUUCUCAUUUAUGUGGCUAGUGAGUUCAUCUGCCUGGGCAAAAGGUCUUUCAGAUGUAAAGGCGGCGACUGAUCCAGAUGAGGUGGUUCUGCUCAUGUCUGCAUGUAAGGUGCAGACCAACAAGUGCAGCUCACUGUACGGACCCAGAUGGUCUGGCCUGAACACAUCUGUGGUAUUUGGUUAUUUGAACUUUGUGCUGUGGGCUGGAAACAUCUGGUUUGUGUUUAAAGAGACAGGAUGGCACAAGGGAGGUGCAGCAAGGUACCCUGCCUCGUCCUCAGAAAAACAAACCACAGCCUUCAACCAGCAGGUCUACAACCAGGGAAGGUUUGAUCAGUCAGGAGGAGCUUUUACUGGAACGGGGGACUUCGCCCAAUCAGAGUACAGCCAGGUGGGAAAUUAUGGUGGGCCCACCUCCUACACCAAUCAGUAA